UGAUUUCGUGCAUGUUCUGUUGGGUAUUGACUGGAUUGCGAAAAGUGGGAAAGUACAUUCUUGGAUGAAGCCAGUUCUGAUUGCGAGACCAGGUGAUGUCUUAAAAAAAAAGUAAACAUGGUCAAUUUUGACCCCCCCCCCAGCCCCUCCGUCCCUGAAAAUAUAUGACACAUUUUGGCAUUGCUAAGCAGCAUCUGUGCCUCCCCACUCAUAAAAAUAUCUUUACUGUCUAUCCACCGUACACGAAGCAUAAUCUCACCUCCCCUUUGCCUUACGGUUACCGCGCUAGACUACGGCAGCUCAUUCAUACAUUCAGCCUCUCUCUCUCACUGUCUCUCUUGCUAUGACUCACUCGCUCUCAGCCUUGCAGACUUCACUCAAAGCCUGACUGCUCUCACAUAUUAGCAGGGCUGAAGAGGAGACCUGCAGCUUCCAGAAUUUCAAUCUCUGAAGUGGAUCAUCAUCUGAACAAGACAGAACAUAAAGCAUCUGCAGAACACAGAGACUUGAGAACCAGACAGAGCACUCAUGGAAAAAACAUAGCUGACAUGGAUUUCCAAGGACAAGAAAGGACAAGAAAAAGAGGAGGCAGAAUUAUCUGUAACUGAAAGAAGUUGUAGUGGUAUUUCAUAAAAUUCAUUUGGAGAAGCUCUUCUCACAUCAAGCAAUAAUGUAUACAGAAUGUUCCAGUUGUGACAAAUAUGCACAAUCCAUGCAUAUGUUGAAUGAAACAAAGUAUUAAGUGAUGCUCUGAAUUAAUUCAAUUAAUUGGUCAUUCAUAGUCUGAAAUAAACAGUACUUCAGGCUUUCAUCCCAUUUUAUGGAGGCCUUGCAUAGCCAGUUGACCACAGGGGAGCAAUCUGGAGGUUUAGAAAAUCAGAAUGAGACUCCAGUGGACAGCCCCCAGCCACAUUCAGUCCCACAGUAUCAUGAACAGAACAAGGUUGUCACCCAGCAGCAUCAUGCACAACAGCAAAAACGUAUUAAUAUUGAGAGAAAGCGUCUCAGAUUACAGAAGAAAACUGCUCAGGAGACAGACACUGUUGAAGAGGGAAAGCCACCGAGGGCAUCUGGUAGUUCUGAAUAUCUUGAUGAUAACAUGAGGCAGCCUAGUGAAAUGCCAUCUGGAGCUUCAUCCUCAGCAGUAUCAGCUAUACCAUCUUGUUCCAUGGAUGAGGCCCUGGAAGGUACACCUCGACAAAAACGUGAGCGUAAACCUCAAAAGCCUGGAAAGUAUGUGUGCUCAUACUGUGGUCGUGCUUGUGCCAAGCCCAGUGUGCUUCAGAAACACAUUCGUUCCCACACUGGAGAGAGACCUUACCCGUGUGCACCUUGUGGGUUCUCCUUCAAGACUAAAAGUAACCUGUACAAACACAGAAAGUCACAUACUCACAAGGUGAAAGCUGGUCUGACUGCAGACAGGGAGGGACCAAGUAUAAGUUGUUCAGAGGAGCCACUUACAGAAUCAGAUGAAGAAAGCCAACCAUCUUCCUUUUUAGAAAAACAAAGUAUAUCCAUUCAAAAGCAAAAUACCACAGACAAGUGCUCUGAGGGACAGUUACAAGGUACAGAGGAUUCCCAUGCAGUUAAAAAGAGACUUGCAAUGAGACUUAGCAGAGGAAGACGUACACCCAUUGGAUCAUCUGAUGAAACAUCCUCUUCAUUUGGUCUAAGUAGCAAAGGUAGCACAGAGUCAGGAUAUUUCUCUCGAUCUGAGAGCACAGAAGUCUCUCAAGAUAGUCCACCAAACACAAGUGCCAAAAGCUAUGCAGAGGUCAUCCUUGGAAAGUUUGGUCGCCUUGGUCAAUUACAAAGGACUGCUCAUCAGCAACAUGCCCAUCCUUCCGGGCAAGAAAGUAAAAGAAUUCCAUUCUCUGUGCCUAAAAAGCAAGUAAUUGACCACAUAACUAAACUCAUCACUAUCAAUGAGGCUGUGGUAGACACCAGUAAGAUUGACAGUGUCAAACCAAGAAGGUUCUCACUCUCUAGGAGAAGCAGCACAGAACUGAAGUCAGCCUCUUCUAAAGAGCCUUUUAUUCACAGUCCAAAAGAAAUAGAUGUGAAUACAAAGAGUAGUGGAUCCAUUACUCUUGGUGUACCUUGUGAGAAAUUUCAGCACCAUUCUCUCAGUAUGCAACAAGCUGACCCAACAUCAACUGCUCCUCUUCUGAGAAGUCACUCCAUGCCCUCAGAUCCAAGCGUUAGUGAUGUGUCUGAAACUUCUCGUAGCCUUCGCCUUAGCCAAUCCUUUGAUGACCAGCAACCAGUUCAGAAUCGGCGUCAUGGUAUGCUAAGACGACAGCCUGCCAUUGAAUUGCCCAUCGGUGCUGAAAUUACCAUAGACGAACAACCCUAUUCCAGCUCAUCCUCUCAUCCCUCAGUUCCUACAGUGCCUGAUCCCAGCCAGAAACAAAAGUCACUUGAGUGUGAUGCAUGUGGUAUAGCUUUUAAUGACUGGGAGAGAUAUCAAACACACAAACAAAACUACUGCACGGUUCAUAUUUCUCAACAAACUGAAAUUCCAGCCUAUCAAGUGGAAGAACACACAAGAACAUUCACAACUCGUUCUGGUGCUUAUGCAUUUAGAAAAAGAAGAAAAGAAGAGAGUAUCGAACUUGAUGAUCCUUCUUUACCCUCGGUUUCUUAUAUAUCACUCAAAGGAUAUACACCGUCUUGUGAACAGCCUAUUAAAGGGACAAUUGAAUUAGGUCAAGAACAUGGCUCAGAAUGUGCUUUGAAAGGAAUAUCUGUCAUACAGCAUACUAGUUCAUUUGAGAAACAUGAUAGUACUUUAAAAACCCCUGGACCAGAUGAGGUCUCUCACUCUCAUGAUGUAUCCCAUUGUUCUCCUUGCUCUCAGUCAAAGGAGCAGACAAGUAAACCAUACUUCCGUAAACUUGUACGGCAACACAAUGUCCAAGUGCCAGAGAUUCUGGUCACUGAAGAUUCAAACACCAACACCAUGGCAGUAUCACCCCCUCCAACUGUCCCUAAAAUCAAGGAUGCUGAAAAGGUCAGUGAGUUCCAGUGGCCCCAAAGAAGUCCAACUUUGGCCCAACUUCCAAUUGAAAAGUUACCACCUAAAAAGAAACGUCUCCGCCUUGCAGAAGCUGCCCAGUCAUCAGGGGACUCAAGCUUUGAAUCAAUGUCCCUGCCUCACAGUCCAAGUCAAGACAGUUGUGUGUCUCACACCUCCAGUCGAUCAACUUCAUUUGAAGAGGCUUGCAAAGCUGAUGCAGAUAUGAUGCCAACUAGGAGAUCAAGAGCAACUCAUACUUUGACAAUUCCCACAAAUUCUCACAGAGAAAUGAGGCGCUCUGCAUCUGAGCAGGCACCUCAUGUUCCUCAACAUGUUAACCUUAUUAAGGAAACUCGCAGUAAGUCAUUUGACUUCAGCAGUUUGUCUCCAGAUCGGACCCCUGCAGGAUGGAGGGAAAGGCGGAAAUGCCUUCUAAUGAGGCAUAGUGCAGUGAGGGAACCUGAGGAGGAAGAUCAAUCUUGUAAAGUCUUCAAGACCAAUUCUCCAACUCAAAGGACUAGCACAUCACCUAGCCAUAGCCCAGGCUACAGUACAACCUACAGUACAACCUACAGUACAACCUCCUACAGUACAACCACCACCCAUCCUCUGUCUUUAAGCAAUACCGUACACUCAUUUAGUGAGAAGCAGAUCAUGCAAUCACAGGACGUUUUAUCAGAGAAUACCCAGCAGAAUGCAUUGCAGUUGACCACAUUGAUUCAUACUGAACAGCCUACAACAAUGGGAAGUCUGGUUUGUCCAUCAGGUGCUGCCAGAGCUCAUUAUUCUUCAGUGUCAACAGGACUCAAACUUGAAAUUCCAAUGGAGAAUGACUUAUUGAAUUCUGAUACAAGGGUGAACCAACCAUACCUCACUAAUUAUCACCACCAUCAGAAUCUCGGUUUUGACGUUACUUCAAACACAGAACUACUGAGACCUUUACCAGCCCAGAGAAUUCCAGUCCGUCUUAAUUCACACCCUCCACACCAUGCAGGCCCUAUUUAUACUACAGUUUCACAAACAUUUGCCUCAAGGCAUCAGGAACCUUGCUGCUCUGGAGUCAGUUCAGUUGCAGUUGCCUCAAAGUUUGAAAUUAUGGACCAAAAACCAAUAUCUGAUGGAUCCAAAUCAGUAAGUGCUGGAGCAACUAAACGCGUGCUAUCCCCCACAAGCAGUGAAGAGCUCAGCCCAGAAAGUGAGCAACAGCAAAAACGGGUAAAAGAGGAGGAUAACCAGGAAAAUGAAAGGGGAAAUGAUGAAGUUUUGAUUAAAUGCAAGAAGGAUGAAAGACUGGGUGAGCAAAGUGUCAUCUUCCCAACAGAACACAAAGAACCACCAUUUCUGACUCUUAACACUAACCUUACUUUUAGCUGGUGCUAUCUAAACUACACAAAGCCCAAUCCAUCCAUACAGAGUGAACAACAAAACUCAGUCUAUUCUUCAUGGUGUACAAGUACCCGCAAUCCAUAUCCUCCUGGCCUGACAAGCAAGGAAAUGCUAGCCCUGUUGCACUGCAGGCAGAGACAAACACCACUCAUCUACACCAUGGCAGCCAUUUCACCCUCUCUGGACAGGAUACAAGAGACGCCUGAAUCCCAAAAGCCUAACGUGACUGAGGUACAUGCCACUCAUCCCACAGAACAGAAAGAAGCCCAGCAAGCUGAGUUGACAGAGGUAGAAAAGAAAACAGAGGAGGAGAAGGAGGAUCAACUAUCUACCUCCAAGUACAGCUCACGGGUACAGAUUUGUGAGGGAGGCUACAGGUCAAGUGAGGAAUACGUGUAUGUACGUGGCCGGGGGAGGGGACGAUAUGUAUGUGAAGAGUGUGGAAUACGCUGCAAGAAACCCAGCAUGCUACGCAAACACAUACGACUACACACGGAUGCUCGACCUUAUGUCUGCCAGCACUGUAACUUUGCCUUCAAAACCAAAGGGAAUUUAACCAAACAUAUGAAGUCAAAGGCUCAUGGGAAGAGGUGUCCAGAGGGAACUGCUCCAGGACCAGUUCAUUGUGAGCUUGAGACAGAUGAGGGAGGUGACAAUGAUAAACGUUUCCUUGAGAUGGAUCUGGUGGAGGAGCACCAGUUCUCAGAUGCAGAGGAGACAGAUGUGGACGAGGCUGAUGAUAAUGAUGAGGGUGACGAGCAAGCUUCAUGCUCCUCUUCAUCGUCUAAGAGUACGUCUCUCUCUAGAGAUAAUUCUGGCUCCUGUGACAUCUCAGGCCUUUCAAACCCUGGCUGGGAACAAAAUCCCAAACCACCUGUCAGUAUGAGCCCCCGAAAACCAAGCCACUAUGGAGAAGCUGCCUCUCCAAAGACCACAAAGUCUAUAGUAACCCUUCCACACCUCAAACCCACCACAGGGAAAUGCUCGUCCCCCAUCCGCAGCCUGUCUCCUGGCCUGCAAAUGUCCCCUGCUUUACCGCAGUCUCCUCAACGAGACAUGUCCCCUCUACGCUGUCCCUCUCCGAGACAUAGUCUCUCUCCAUCGUCCUGCCUGUCCUCUUUGUCUCCUUCUAACUGCCCAGCCUCAUCCUUCCCAGAGAGACGCAUGUCCCCCAUUAGAGCCCUGUCCCCCAUACAACCUUCGCCUCACAGUUGUCCAAUUGCAUUGACUGUUGGGGCCAGUGUGACUGUUCAGUACCAAGCUGAUAGACCCAGAGAUUCUACAGAAGUCUCACCCAACAGAUUACACCUCAAGACCAAACCGGAGAAAACACACAGUCCUCAGAGAAGGACCAACAUGACACAGUCUUGGCCUCUGCCACAUGGGCGUCUCUCCAGGAACACGCAGCCGAGGGAAGGCCAGCGUGUGUUAAGUCACCUGCCCCUGCACUCCCAGCCCCAGGUGAUGAUUCCCAAUCUCACCCUCACAAUUCCUAUAGGCGGGAUCCAGAUGGUGCAGCCACGCUCCAAUAUGCUCUUCCGAAGUGCAUCUCUGAACCACAGUGUGGCCCAGAUGACUGUCACUGUGCUGACAAAGGAGAAAGGGGCUGAUAGGAGUCCUACAGUUGAAAUUCCUCAUCGUAAAAAUCAGCUGAUAGUGUUCACUGAGCCUACGGUGGAGAUGAGCUCUAAAAGUAACACUUCCUCCGAUGAAGACAAGGAGCAAAUCCGGGGAGUGAUUCAGUCAGAGCUUGCAUCAAAAAAGAGGGAGGUUCCCAGUGUUCCCAUGACAACCUGGAAGAGUAUCUCUCAAAAAAAUAACAGAAAGCAUUCUCGAAGUCCCAAGAAAGCUCAGCCAGUAGACAGCUCAAGAACAUCCAUGGACAAUAAGUGUUAAAGAAAAAGUUCAGCCAAAAAUGAAAAUUCUGUCAUCAUUUAGGUAUACGUAACAUAUGUCAUUCCAAACCUGCAUGUUAGACAGAAUGUUCAGUUUUGCAUUUGGUAUUGUCCAGAAGUGUCGGAAAUUAACAGGGGCAUGGGGCAAAAGUGCCACCAAAAUACACAAGACUGCCUGCAUAGGCACAAAUCAACACCUAUAUCUUUAUCACCACCUUCUGGAGUGUUUGAUAUGCAGGCAGGAGAAAUAAUAAAACAGGAUUAUUUGCUCAGCAAGCAUGCCUGUGAUAGUCUACAAUGCUCAGCCUUGCAACCUUUUAUGCAAUUGGAGUAGAUAAAAAUAUAAUGCUGUAAUUUACACUUUUCACAGUUAGAUAAUGAGGGCAGUUAAGGCUGCACAGUUAAUCAAAAUUAAACUAAAAAUCAAGAUUUGGCUCAGUGUGAUUAUCAAAUUGCAAAUUUUGUGAUUUAAUUAAAUAAAUAUAUGCAUUGCGUGUUUCAAAGUGAUAAUAAUAAUAAUAGUAAGAGUAAUAAUAAUAGUAUAGUAUUUAUAUAAUCACAACAUUUUUGCCAAAUUGUGCAGCCCUACA